CAAACCUCUCGCGUUGCUAAUCCCACCAAGGUACCUGUUUCCCUGGGGACUCCAGUGGACACAAGAGGCCAUGCCCUGCCCCUGGGACUCCAUCGUUCACAGCAGUUUUGGAGUCCUCUUUCCUGCAGUGAGGGGCUGUGAGCUUCAUGUCUGUAGUCCCAGGUGUUGGGGAGCCGGGAGUCAACUCCCUGCUAUCUCCCCCAUGGGUUUGAGUGUAUCAUCAAAGCUUUCAGGCUGCUCUUUGCAGCCUGUCACAGGGGUCCACCCCCCCAACCUCCCACUGCCACUGCCUGAUUCUCAGGCUCCAGCAUAGCAGUGAAACUGAGUGUCAGGGCAGCCUGGCUCCAGGCUCGGGCUAUGUGGAUCGAGGCAUUACUGAGCAGCCUCACGGCCACCUUCUCAUCCUGUGCUUUGAGUUUCCUCUGUCUCCUCUCCGCAGGAAUGCUGAUGGUUUGUAUAGUGAUUGGCGCUCUGAAGCUCGGGCUCAACCCAGACAACAUUGCCACGCCUAUUGCUGCCAGCCUGGGAGACCUCACUACAUUGUCCCUUCUGGCUUUUGUCAGCAGCUUCUUCUACAAACACAAAGACAAUCGAUAUCUGACGCCGCUGCUGUGUAUUAGCUUCAUGGCCCUGAUCCCCAUCUGGGUCCUCAUUGCCAAGCAGAACCCACCCAUCAUGAAGAUCCUGAAGUUUGGGUGGUUCCCAAUCAUCCUAGCGAUGGUCAUCAGCAGGUGAGCAUGAGCGAAGGCUGCCACCAACUUCUCCCUUCACAUACCACCCGUGGCUUCUGUGGACAAGGAGAGUGGCCUGAGAGCUGCAGAACCUCUGGAGUGAGGGCGGCACUCAUGGUUGCUGUGGGCUCCUCCCUUAAGUCCUGGUGCUGGUUGAGUCAUACCUCUUUAUUCUUCAUCUCUUUCCCUCUCACCAGGAACCUUAGGCCUUACUUAUUCUGAGAGGCAGCCCUAUUUACAAUUGCAGGAGCACCAGAGAGCCAGGCAGAGCCAACCUGGGAACAUCAGAUGGGUGCACUAGUGCUUCCACUCCCUGCCCCCUCAUGGCGCUGCAGGACACUGGGUCUCCCGCUCCCAUGCUGCCAGAGCUCUCACUGGCCUGGACCCCUGCUUAGGCUGUAGGGAGCCCCUUACCUGCCUCUGUGAACACCACUUCUAUAGCAUGGCUGCUGGUGGGACCUGGGAGGCUGAGGGAUUAUUGGCCCUGGGCCCUUCAGCUCAUCUCAGGUCUUCUACCCUUGAAACCUGAUCCUCCAGAGCCCUUUCUGUUAGUAGACCUGGACAGGGGCCACCCCAGUCUUUUCUGAGGUGCUUUCCUAAACUUGA